UUCCGUAUCUCCAUACGCCGUGCAUUCUUCGCAAUUCGUGGAUGUGCCGUGCUGUGAUCAUAACUCAAGGAAUCCAAAAAACCUCAAAACCGAACAUCCUUAAACGGAUGCAAUACGAACUCUUGCGUGUAGUGAAAAGUGAUCAAUAUAACUGACAGACUUCCAAAGAAAGUGUCAGCAAAAACGAAAGAACUUUUGAGAAAUAAACCACAAAGGAAGUUUCAAGUGUGCCGCAAAUAAAGUUUAUCCAUAAUCCUUAAAAUCAAGUUGAGCAAAUAAUUAAGAUGGCACCGAAUAUAAUAGGCAGCACCUUUAUAUUGGCCGAGACAGCCAUUUCUGAUGCCAACAACAACAAGAUGUCGUCGACGGGCGCACCUGUUGCGACUGCCAAGCAAGCCCCAGCCCCGCCGCCAGCCAAGAAGUUGAUGCCAGUGGCAGCUGCCGCUCCGGCAACGGAGGCAAAGAAAGCAGCCACACCAGAGCCAUUCAAAACGCAGAUUGUGUGGCACAAUGUGGUGUUGUUCAUCAUCUUGCACUCGACUGCAUUGUAUGGCCUCUUUUUGAUCUUUGCCGAGAACGCCUAUCUGGAGAUUAUCCCCAUAUACUUUACCUCGGUCUUGGGCGGCCUGGGCAUUACGGCUGGCGCUCAUCGUCUCUGGUCGCACAAGGCGUACAAGGCAAAGCUGCCACUGCGCAUCUUCCUCAUGCUGUGCCAGUCGUUGGCCUUCCAGAACAGCAUCUGGGAGUGGACUCGCGAUCAUCGUGUGCACCACAAGUUCACCGACACACACGCCGAUCCCCACAACUCGCGUCGCGGCUUCUUCUUCGCCCACAUGGGUUGGUUGUUGUGCAAGAAGCAUCCCGAUGUUGGAGGCAAGGGCAAACACAUUGACAUGUCCGACAUUGAAGCCGAUCCCGUUGUGAGGUUCCAGAAGAAAUACUACUUCGUGGUGAUGCCCAUCUGCUGCUUCGUUGUGCCCAUGAUGAUCCCUUACUACUUCAUGGGCACCUCUUUGAAGGUGUGCUUCUUCACCUGCUCCAUGCUACGCUAUUGCCUCAGUCUGCACGCCACUUGGCUGGUGAACAGCGCCGCUCACUUUUACGGCAUGAAACCCUACGAUAUGUCUAUUAGCUCCGCCAACUCCAAGUGGGUGGCAAACCUCACUCUCGGCGAAGGCUGGCAUAACUAUCACCAUGUCUUCCCCUGGGACUACAAAGCAGCUGAGCUGGGCUCAACCUACAACGCCAACUGGACAACUGGUUUCCUCGAUGCGAUGGCAAAGAUUGGUCAAGCCUAUGACCUGAAGUAUGUUACCAAGGAGAUGGUUUACAGGCGCCUCAGGCGCACUGGUGAUGGCAGUCAUAUUGCCUCACAGCUUGAUGAUAACAACAACACAAACAAUACUCCCACCAAUGAGAUGGUCGUGCAUUUAGAUCACGAUGCGGAGGAGACCGCUGUCUGGGGCUGGGACGAUAAGGAUGUUACCGAGGAAGAUCGCAAGAGUGCCUCAAUUGCGAACAGUGAUCUACAGUGCAAACAGGAUUAGACGACACGUCAUGUUGCGUCUCGGUUGCGUUACCAAACUAUAAAUACUAAAUAUGCGAGCCUCUUUCUGGGUUUUAACAAAAAACAUUAGGACUGCAGUAUUUAAGGAUACUUAUGUUAAAUAAUCGCAUCACAUGGCAUCACACACUCGAUUAUCUGGUAUAUGGUAUAUGGCGAAAAUUAAUUAAUACUUCUACAUAUAAUUGGAGAAAAAUACCAAAUCGAGUGUGUGAGUGUGCGUGUGAAUGCUAUUAACCGAUAUGUUGAUGGGAUAGUUUAUGGCGCAUCGAGGGCAAAGCAAAAUGUUAAAUGGCUUCAAUUCCAAAAAGUAAAUUUUAUAUUCGAGACAAGUGCAAAUUGGUGUGCGAGCAACAAGUUUUCCAGUGAGCACUCUUACACAAAAAAUAUAAUUUUAAUACUACCGCGUAACAAAAAUAUCAUACAAUAUUGGACAACUUAAGAGCGCCCGUAAAAAAAAAAGAAAAACUAUGUAACAUAUGUUAUAACGACGCAAGAGGUUCUAGAUAUAAAUACCAUAAUCUAUGGAUAAAUUUUAAGUGACGCAAAGCUUAAAAUUGUGUAAAUUGUUUAUUGUUAGUUAUUAGGUGUGUAGGAUAUUCAGCUAUAAGUCUACUGUAUCUAUAAUCACAAAAUUGUAUAAACAACAAAAUCAGAAAAAACUCGCUAAAAUUCCAAAAAAUAUACAUAUGAAUUAUGUUUUGUUACGGGAUUUAGGCGGAUGCGCAAAAAUGGAAUAAAAUGUUUCCUAAUCAAUGCAAAA